AUGAACCUUGAACUUCAGGCUCUCAUUGACAAUCACACCUGGGAAUUAGUGGAUCUGCUUGCAGGAAAAACUCUCAUUGGAUGUAAGUGGGUCUUUAAGGUGAAGUAUAAAGCUGAUGGGAAUGUGGAAAGGUUUAAGGCAAGACUUGUUGCAAAGGGUUUCACUCAACAAGAGGGUCUUAUGGAUAUCUACAAUGCUUUCCUCCAAGGGGAUCUUUCUGAAGAGGUUUACAUGUCUUUGCCUCAGGGAUUUGGGAGUGACCAGGAGCUAAUUCAAGAGGCCAAAACUAUUUUGAAUGGAAACUUCAAAAUGAAGGACUUGGGAGAGUUGAGAUUCUUUCUAGGAAUUGAGUUUGCAAGAUGUGGAUUGGGAGCAGCAAAGCCAACUGAUUCACCUCUGGAUCAGAACUUGAAACUCACCAGUGUAGAAUAUGAUAAACAUUGUGGAGGACAAACAACUGACGAAAAUCUGGAGGACAGAAGAGUAUAUCAGAGGUUAAUUGGGAGGCUCUUAUACCUGGCAAUCAUAAAACCUGACAUAUAUUUUGCAGUUCAGGUUCUGAGUCAGUUUAUGAAUGCUCCAAAACAGUCUCACUAUGAAGCAACUUUAAGGGUAAUAAAAUAUGUGAAAGGUUCAUCAGGACAUGGACUGUUAAUGAGCAGCAAGGCUAGUGGAAAAGUGACGGCAUUUAGUGAUGCAGAUUAG